GGACCCGGGUGUGCAAGGCAACCAGCUCCGGGCGGAACGCCGAGACACGAGGCGGGGAGGGGCCUCCCGCGGCGCGCUCUGGCGCUGUGUGGCCACCUCUGCGGGGGGUCCUAGGAGCGGCGGCGGCGCAGACCUGGGCGAAGAUGGCGGCGCCCUGGUGGCGAGCCGCGCUGUACGGAAGUCGGCGAUGGCGGGCCUUCAGCACCUCAGCCGCCUGCAGCCGCCGGACCGCCCCGCUGGGGCCGAUGCCCAACGAGGACAUCGAUGUGAGCAACCUGGAGCGGCUGGAGAAGUACCGGAGCUUCGAGCGCUACCGGCGCCGGGCGGAGCAGGAGGCGCGAGCUCCGCACUGGUGGCGGACCUACUGGGAGCAUUUCGGGGAGAAAUCAGACCCCAAAGACAAGAUUGACAUUGGGCUGCCUCCACCCAAGAUCUGCCGGACCCAACAGCUGCUGGAGCGGAAACAGGUCCUCCGGGAGCUGCGGGCCAACGUGGAGGAGGAGCGGGCGGCCCGGCUCCGCACAGCACAGAUCCCACUGGAGGAGGUGCGGGCUGAGUGGGAGAGGACCUGCGGCCCCUACCACAAGCAGCGUCUAGCUGAGUACUACGGCCUCUACAGAGACCUGUUCCACGGUGCCACCUUCGUGCCCCGCGUUCCCCUGCACGUGGCCUAUGCCGUGGGUGAGGAGGACCUGAUGCCCGUGUACCACGGCAACGAGGUCACUCCGACGGAGGCCACCCAGGCCCCAGAAGUGGCCUAUGAGGCAGACCAGGACUCCCUGUGGACGCUGCUGCUCACCAGCUUGGAUGGACACCUGCUGGAGCCAGACGCCGAGUACGUCCACUGGCUGGUAACCAACAUCCCGGGCAACCGGGUAGCCGAAGGCCAGGAGACAUGUCCCUACCUGCAGCCCUUCCCUGCCCGAGGCUCCGGAUUCCACCGCUUUGCCUUCCUGCUCUUCAAGCAGGAUAAGCCAAUCGACUUCUCUGAGGACACCCGCCCCUCACCCUGCUACCAGCUUGCCCAGCGGACCUUCCACACUUUUGAUUUCUACAAGAAACACCAGGAAGCCAUGACUCCAGCUGGCCUGGCCUUCUUCCAGUGCCGUUGGGAUGACUCGGUGACCCACGUCUUCCACCAGCUGCUCGACAUGCGGGAGCCCGUGUUUGAGUUUGUGCGGCCAUCCCCUUACCACCCCAAGCAGAAGCGAUUCCCGCAUCGGCAGCCCUUGCGCUAUCUGGACCGGUACAGGGACAGUCAUGAACCCACCUAUGGCAUCUACUGAGGGCCCGAGUGCCACCCACCUGUUUCGGUGGGCUACACCUCUCAGGCCACCCUGCCCAGCUCCGGCUGGCAGGAGCAUAAAGACACGGCUCUGCAGGGCCAAGCUGUGGGCUCGGGCUCUGCCUGAGGCCACCCCCUGCGGCCCUCCCAGCAGGCCUGGGGUGCAGUGGUGGGACAGAGGAUGUAAAUAAAGACGGUUUCUGCUGUAGCUGGUCUGGGUCUGUGUUCCGGGAGCAGCCAGAGCCCCCCGGGUGGGUGGUUUUGCUUGCUGGGUGGGGAGAGGCCGCCUCCCACCCUAGGAGGUGACGCCUCACCUCUGCCUCCUGAGGGUCUGGUCUGGCUGCUGGAGAUGGUGCAGAAGAAA